GUGUUCUUUUUAUCUUCGACAGAUAUCAUUAAACGUAAUUGAACAAAGAAGAGAGACAUGUGGAUAUGUCACGAGUUAACUAUCCAUUUUUAGAGAUAUAUGUGUGGAAUUGAAGCAAAGGUUGAUAGUUAGAAAGUAGUCGCUUCGAAACGUGAUUAGUGAUUAAUAUUCAUAUGUAAAUGAAAAGCGUAUGCUCCACAAUCCAUGAUAAUAAGUGAAUCAAUUGAGCGUUCGUUUGCAUUCGUCUAUACAUUAAUCUAACUUGUUGUAGCACUACAUUGUUUGGUAUAUGAGAGAGGACAUGAAUAAAUUCAACAAACACUGGCGAUGACGUCGGACAAACUUUUUUUGAGCCUACAGUGAUGAAUUUAGCCUGUUUGUAAUAUUCUCAAGUGACAUGCGUGUGCGCAAAUUUUUAAAAGGAAGUAGCACGCGCAAAAUCCUGUGUUCUACUAUCUUUUAUUUUUGAUAUAUCGAAAAUGUUCAUUUAAAAUCCAAUAAAAGCAUAAUUUAGUAGUUCAGUUAUUCAUUGAAUAGAGUUUGUAACAUUAUUAUUGAAGUCAGCUAACGUUAAAAAGAUUGUGAGAAAUUAAUAUUUAUAUUUAUACUAAAUUUAUAAUUGUAAAAAGAGAGUGUGCUUCAUUGUUUUAUGCAAAUUUUAUAUGACUUUUAAUGGAGUGGUGUAGGAAAUUACUUCACAAAAGAAAUAUUAUUCCUGUGGAUGAUGAGUUGGAAACUGUUGAUGAAAGAAAAGAGCGAUGGAGAAGCAUCUAUGCAAUUUAUUUUACUAUGUUUCUUAUGUCGCUUGGAUUCAGUAUUAUACUCACAGGAGUAUGGCCAUAUCUUGAUAAAUUGGAUAAAGAUGCUGGUAAAGAGUUCAUGGGAUAUGUAGUUGCAGCAAAUCCUUUGGGACAAAUGUUAUUCUCUCCUUUAGUAGGAUGGUGGGGAGAUAGAAGGGGAUCUAUAAGACUUCCACUUUUAUCAACAUUAGCUCUAUUUACAUUUGCAUCAGGAUUAUAUAGUGUCCUUGAGAUUGUACCAGGUGAUCAAAAAAUAUACAUGAUAGCUGCUAGAUUCUUGGUUGGAGUUAGCUCUGCUAAUAUCGCAGUAGCUCGAUCUUAUCUCUCAGCAGCUACAAAAUUUGUAGAAAGAACACAUGCUGUUUCAAUGGUGUCUCUAGCUCAGGUGUUAGGAUUUGUAGUAGGUCCUGGUUUGCAAGCUGCAGUUACACCUCUUGGAGAAAAGGGCGUAUAUUUUAUAAAUGUACCUAUUAAUAUGUAUACUAUGACUGGUUGGAUAAAUGUUAUAAUGGGAAUCCUUAAUUUUGCUUUAUUCCUUCCAUGGAAUUUCACAGAACAUCGAAUUGCUAUUCGCGAGGCAAUGAGAAAUGAAGGAAAACAAACUGAAGAAGAAACCCUGAAGUCUAUAAAACCAGACAUUCUGGCAGCAGUGACAUUAAUAUGUGCUUUUUUUGUUUUAGUAUUUAAUUUUGUCCUCCUUGAAACACUUGGUACUUCUUUAACUAUGGAUCAAUUUGCAUGGUCGAAAACGGAAUCUCUAUAUUAUAUGGGUCUACUAAUGAGUAUUGGAGCUAUUAUGUCAUGCAUUACAUUUGUUAUGAUCGAACCUUUAUGCAAAAGAUUUAAUGAACGUAAGGUAAUGUUGUGGGGUGGAUUUUUGUUUAUGGUAAUAGGAAGAAUUUUAUAUAUUCCAUGGGGGCCAGACCCUCCGAAAAUUGCUGAUUACGGACCAUUUAACAACAUUACAAAAGAUGCCGAUGGUAUAGACAUCGUAGGAUGUCCACAUACUCAAGAAUGGUGUACCUAUACACCGCAACUUACCGUCACACAGUUUUUCAUUGGGUACGGAUUCACUACUAUAGGAUAUCCAUUAGGUGUCACUUUAAUACAAACUAUCUUCAGUAAAGUAUUAGGACCUCGUCCUCAAGGAGUUUGGAUGGGAUUUAUGACAGGUGCUGGAUGUGCUUCUCGUGUGUUAGGUCCAAUAUUUGUUAGUGUAAUUUAUACUCGUUUUGGAACAUAUCAUACGUUUGGUGUUACUGGUUUAACAUUGAUAAUAUGUAUGAUAUGGUUACAAAUUGUAAACGAACGGUUGGUUCCGCCAAAGGUAAUAAUUCCAUCAAAAGACGCGGAAAUUCCAUUAGUUCACUUCAAAUCUAAUGAUGCUCAAGGAUCAAAUGAUUCACAUAAAAAUAACAAAAAUGAGGGAUGUGAUAAAGUGUAGUGAGUACUACACUCUAAGUUCGAUUUUAUUUUUUUCGAGCUUAUAUACAUAACAUAUGGCUGCCAUUAAGAGUUUAAUAUAAAUGCAAUUAUGAUAUUACGAAAUGCAAGUAUAUUUUUUAUGGAUAUUUACAGGUUUCUUAAAAUACAUAUUUUAUAUACAUAAAUAUGUAGGUAACAAUGAAAGAAUAUAACCAGGGUCGUGUAGUUUUUAGAAUAAUAUAAUGUAAUAAUGAACUUGUUCAGUUUUAGAGUCAAUCUUAUAAAGUAAAAUUACAAAAUGAAAAUGAUAUAUAAUACAAUAUGAUAAAAAAAAAAAAAUUCUACAACACUUAUUACGAUUUUAUGAUAUGAUUCAAUACAUGAAAAUUAUACAAGUAUACACACGCAAGUAUAUUUUUUAUGGAAAAAUUUGUUUAAAAAUAUUGUGCAUAGUUUUUAAAUUUAUAUGAAUAUACCUAUCAUAAUAACAUAGAAAGACUGAUAUUUAGCUCAAUUUAUAUAAAAAUAAGGGUGCAAUUAAAUUUAACAGUUACAAAUGUUUUUCACAGAAUAAUCUGGAUUUGUAAGUACUUACCAUAAAUAAUUGAAUGAUGUUUUGUACUACAGUUGAAUAAACUCAGUGAGUAUUAUGAAUGAAAAAAGUUGGAUAAGGUUACAAAUUAAAAAA